UCAACAAAAUUCUACCAUUUACUAAAAACUAAUAAAUCUGAUAAAACACGACAACCUUGACGACCCAUUAGAAGCAAGACCUGCGAUAUAUUGGUUUCUAGAGAUUCCAUUCCUCGAUGCCUUUUUGCGAUACAGUUGCUUAGUGGCAUGCUCACUUCUGAAACUUGAUUUGUGUUACUAAAUAGUAAUGUGUUGCUUUAUUUCUUCAUCGUGGGUUAUGUCAUCAAUUAAAUGUUGUAUGAUCUUGAUAAAUAGAAUAAGGUAUCAAAUUCACAUGUUGGCAUGUGUCUCUUUCUUUCUUUUCAUUGAUUACCUACUGACAUAACAGAAAUUUGAAUUGUCCCUUCCCUUGAAACAACAAUUGAUUUCUAGCAUAUGAGAUUUGCACCGUGGCCAGAACUCGAGGAGAUGCUCAUUCAUCAAGCCAUCUUAAAGUCCUUAAGGCAUUGGUUCAAUCUUCUGUAUUAUGAAAGACUAAUUUACUGCUAUUCUGAUCUCCUCCGAGACGAUCAUACUGAUCAUACUGUUUCAGUAUGAUGAAUACUGUUUUUAUUAGUAAGCGAAUGUGUCUGUUCACUUUUUCUGAAUUGUAGCAUUAGAUCAUCCUGUCCGAAUUUGUCCAUGAGUCCUUAAGAGAAAAUAUUCGAUUGUUGUGCUACUGGAAUCAUAGUACGUCUUGGUCCUGUAGGAUUCACUUCUCCGAACCUUGAGAACGGGACACAUUUAAACUAUCAAUUAUAUAACUCUGUUUCUUAGGCUACGUGGUUUAUACAUUUCUUGCUUGCUGGCUUUACUAUUUGUACCCCUAUGUUCAGGGUUGUGAUGUGUAUUCUUGCUUUGGCAAUACUACACCAGGUAGCAUAUUUAACUGCAAUAUAGCCAUUUCUGAGCAAGCUCCAGACCUCUAGGACAUCUUCGGCAGAUGCUGAGCUAAACGGAGGAAGGUUUCGAAAGAAUAGAAAGUUAUGGCCUCCGCCAUACGUCAUUUUCUACUGGCCAUGAAGUGCAGCGAGGAAAUGGAUCCAUGGAAACGUUCAUGGUGGUGGCUGUCAAAAUUACAGAUGCGGCAGCUUGCGGGGUCUAUCCAGAGGAGGAUACUCGCUGAAUCCGUCGUCUGCGCACAUCAAUGGAAAUUUGAUCCCUGUAGCUGCCGUUCGCGGUGGCACUCAUGCCAAUGCUUCAGAUUAGAGAGCACUCGGUAUUAUUAUUUUUGCACCGAAGAACACAACAGCGUUGCAUUUUCAUUCAAUGAGAGGAGCACUAAGAAUAUCACAAAGUACAGAGCAGAUCAGCUUUGGAAGCAACGGAAUCACCAUCUUGAACAACACAUGAGGGGUAGGCAGUAA